UCGUGUUUAAAUUGUUUUCAUUGUCACUUUUUUCCUUUUAUUUUUACCUGCUUAGUUCACAGUGCGAGCUUCCCAGCUAAUGUGAGGCAAACAGGGACGCCUGGUUAAAGCUGGUAAACCUGAACGUUGAACCUUCAACUGUGGUCUGCUGUGAGUUUAGCUGGGACCUGACAGUCACAGGUAGUAGCUACCGACCUACUAUGUCAUCUAAAGACAAUCAGGAAAAAACAAAAAAACAACUUCAUAGAUCAAUAUUUAUGAAAAGCAGAGGCAGCAGCUGCAGUGGACGCUUCAUUGUGUCUAAGACUCAGUUUCUCUUCACUGCUCUGUGUUACUUCACUUCAACUUCCCUCUUCUCCGUGGCUGCUUACAGAGGAACAACAGGACAAACUCGACCUGAUCGGUUAAUGCAUAUUCACACUCUAUGACAACACAGCUGACGACAGAUGGGCAGUCCCAUGAAAACAAUGGGCCAAUCCAAUUGGUCCUGAUCAAAGCUACAUUUAUCACACGAGGCCCGUUUGGUUUGUAAACAGUGGUUUGUGAGCUGUCCUCACACUGGUUAUCACUCUCCGUGAUACACAGAUCUUUGAUGGUUUAUCGAGGCAGAGAAAGUAGUAUGAUGAAUUUUCUUCGUAUUGAACUGCUCUGGGCUCUGCUGUUUGUCGGAGAACUGCAGGCGUCCGUCCAUAACGACCAGAUAAACAUCACAGCUGGACAGAACGUCACUCUGCCGUGUCGAGCUCGAGACAACAACAUCCCCAUCAUAGUGGUAGAGUGGAGCAGAGCUGACCUGGGAAAAGAAUGUGUCCUAAUGUACCGGGAUAAGCAGUUGGAUCCAGAUGACCAGCAUCCAUCUUUUAAGAACCGGGUGGAUCUGCAGGACAGACAGAUGAAGGAUGGAGACGUGUCUCUGAUUCUGAAGAACGUGACGAUUAAUGACACUGGAACAUACGAGUGUCGUGUCUUCAGGAGAGGAACAAACCGCAGGAAGAGAGCUAAUCUGAAGACUCCCCCCAUCAGCAUCAUCCACCUGAGUGUUGUUGAUCCUCCAGGUCAGACAGGAGGAGACCCUGGGCUGGAAGCUGGUCUGUCAGUUUUUUGGUGUGUCUUUUUUUUUUUCCUGAAACUAUUUUUCACCUCCUCCUUGUACUGAACAAAAGCUGGUCUUAAACUACAUUUAUAUUAUAAGCUAAUGAAAUGUUUCAUAAGUAAAAUCUGAUGGUUGAGCUUUCAGAUUACUGCAGUACUAUUUAAUCUACCUCAUGCUUUAUAACCUAUUUAUUUCCCUCAUUACAAAAUGUCCAAAUAAUGUUCCUUCUGCUAUCAGUUAGUGAAGCUUUAGUAGAAAAUAGAAUCAGUCUAUUUCAGCUUUAGCACUGGAUACAUGAAAAUCUAUUUACUGUCAUUUCAUUGUUUUUAUGCUUGUUGUCCUGCUGAGUGUCAAAGAACAAACUUCACACUAAUAGAAAACAGAUCAAAUAGUCUGACAGGUGCCUCUUCAUCACAGAGGCAACACUGUGAUCAGUAAAAUUAGACGGUCAUUGUUAUUAAAUGUUCUCAUUAGUUUCUUUCUGUUUCUUUAUUGUAUUGAUAAAUUAUUACACAUAAUUCUCAGUAAUUAUACCAAAACCUAAGAGCAGAAUACAAACAGACCAUGAUACAUUUUUCAGGGAUCCUCAGCUGCCAGAAGCAGAUCAGAAAAGAUCAUAAUGUUUAAUAUUCUGUAAUUGAUCAGAAAUGCUCAAAUAAUGAGGAAAUAAAUGAUGUCUAAGUUAAUUCUCAGUGUGUCAUGUGUGUUACUAACAAUGUUCAGGUGUUAAAACUUUGUAAGCUCUGCUUUUCAAAUCUUUCAUGUUCUUUAAAAAAAGUAAAGAUCUUUUGAUUUAAA